UUCACGGCGCAGCAGCUGCACGCCCUCGUGCACGACGUCGACGCCUACUCGCAGUUCCUGCCCUACUGCUCGCACUCGCGCGUCACUGGCGCGGGCACGUCUGAGCCGCAGGACCCGCCGGGCGCAGACGUGCGCCUGGCCGAGCUCGGCGUCGGCUUCAAGGGCUUCAACGAGAGCUACACGAGCCGCGUGCUCAGCGUGCCGGGCAAGCGUGUGGAGGCAACGGCCACCUCUUCGCCCAUCUUCAAGUACCUCCGCACCGUCUGGGAGUUUGAGCCGGCGCCCUCGUCGCAGCCCGAGGCGCCACGCACGACCAUCGACUUCUCGCUGCGCUACGCCUUCGCCAACCCGCUGCUCGCAGCCGUGGCGCGCGCCUCGUGCGAGCGCAUGGCACGCGAGAUGAUCGGCGCCUUCGAGAAGCGCGCAGCCGUCGUGUACGGCCAGCCGCGGCAGCAGGCGCGAUAG